AUGACAUCUCCAACCACAAGCAACAACCACCAAUGCUUAAAACUCAUACCAAAAUGCAAAACUCUCAAAAACCUAAAACAAAUCCACGGACAGUUCCUCACAACAGGCCUCUCUCACCACACCUUCCCUCUCAGCAAACUCCUUCUUCUAUCCUCCACCCUCUCCUUACCCUACGCUCUCUCCAUCUUCAACCGCAUCUCCAACCCUUCCGUCUUCCUCUACAACACUCUCAUCUCCUCCAUCGUCUCCAACCACCAAUCCACUCAAACCCACCUCGCAUUCUCUCUCUACUCCCAGAUUCGGAGGAGAGCCAAUGAGUUCACUUACCCUUCUCUCUUCAAAGCCUCGGGCUUUCACCCUCGCUGGCAUCCCCAUGGAAGAGCUCUCCAUGCCCAUGUCUUGAAGUUUCUCGAUAAACAAGACAGGUUUGUGGAAGCUGGUUUGGUCGGGUUUUACGCGAAUUGCGGGAAACUGAGAGCAGCUCGGUCUCUUUUCGACCGAAUUACAGAACCUGAUUUAGCCACUUGGAACACCCUUUUAGCUGCGUACGCUGAGAUUGAUCACGACGAGUGUUUGAAGUUGUUCUUGAAAAUGCAGAUGAGUUCGCAUGUCACAGUUAACGAGGUUUCUCUCGUAGCUUGGAUCAAAUCUUGUGCGAGUUCGGGUGAUCUUUGUGGAGGUGUGUGGGGUCAUGUUUAUCUCUUGAAGACCAAUCUCUCUCUUAACCAAUUUAUUGGAACGUCUCUCAUUGAUCUCUACUCGAAAUGCGGGUGCGUGAGUUUCGCCCGCAAAGUGUUCGAUGAAAUGCGCGUGAGAGAUACUUUAUGUUACAAUGCAAUGAUUCGCGGGUUAGCAGUUCACGGGUUUAUCCAAGAAGCUUUGGGGGUUUACAAGAACCUAAUCUCGGAAGGAUUAACUCCGGACGAUGCGACGUUUGUGGUGACGAUAUCCGCGUGUUCGCACUCGGGUCUAGUCGAGGAGGGUGUCCGAAUUUUCGGCUCGAUGAAAGCGGUUUAUGACGUGGAGCCUAAGGUUGAGCAUUAUGGAUGUUUAGUUGAUCUGUUGGGAAGAUCCGGACGGUUGAAAGAAGCUGAAGAGUUCAUCGAGAAGAUGCCGAUGGAGCCGAAUGCAAUGCUGUGGAGAUCGUUUCUUGGAUCAGCUCAAAUCUAUAAUGACUUGGAGAGGGGUGAAAUUGCAUUGGAGAAAUUGUUGGGGUUAGAAAGUGAAAACAGUGGAAAGUAUGUGCUUUUGUCUAAUAUUUAUGCGGGAGCUGACCGUUGGGAUGGUGUGGAGAAGACCCGGGAACUUAUGAAAGACCGGCGUGUUAAUAAAUCUCCAGGGAUUAGUACUAUCAAUUAGCUAAUUUAUGGACUUUGUUUUAUUUUGCGUAUUAAAAUUGUAUUUACAACUUGUUAUAAAAUUAAGUGCAGAUCUUGUCUUU